GAAAGCGCUGAUUGUAGGGAUGGAGAGAGAGAGAGAGAGAGAGAGAGAGAGAGGGAAGGAAGGAACAGGGAAGAGGAGAGGAGCAGUACUCAAAGCGAGAUGCAUGGCGCUACACCCUAGAGCAUCUGACUUUUCUGCCCCUCCUGACAGACAAGGCAGCACUCCGAGAAAGCAUCCCUCUACGAAGCAUGUGCUUUAUCACUCGUCUUGGCAUGGCUCCACUUAAACUGGGAAAAAUAUGGGCUACCAGGUCACUUACUCUUAUGGCAGCACUGAGAGCAGCAAGAGUGUGAAACUACCGAGGAUGGAGCUCUUAUUUUGGUGUCCCACAUGAGCUCUGUGAAUAAGUGAGCAAAAAUAUACCAUGCAGUGCACAGAAAGCCCACAUCUACCAGCCUGACUACCUCCUUCCCUCUGGAAACCUGUGACCUUGUUGUGAUUACUGUGUACUUCUGUCUAUUUGCCUGGUCUCCUGGAGCUGUAUUGAGGCCACAGCAGGUGGGAGUGUGAUUACUCUAUUGGAAUACAAAGGGCGGUAAAUAUUAUCAAGGGGCCAUAGAGAUUGGAUGGGAAUGGUACAACUUGUGUUCGAUGGCAAAAGGAGAGAAUCUCAGUCCUUACCGGCCCCUCUAACGAAGGGGCACUUCUGGUUGUAGUCUUUGAAUACAGACUGAAAAGAGAGGGCACUUGCGAGGAUGGGACAUGGCACUGGCUCUGAUCGAUUUUGCAAGAUCUGUUUGGCCAACACAAAGGACAAAAGGCUAAAGAUAAGACUGAAUACAACACAGCUUUCAUGUCAGGACCACGUGGAUAUUACAAUGCACAACCCCUUCCCACACACAGAGAAGGAAGAGCAGAGAGCGUUUCCAUCUCCCACACCCUCCCACAGAAAUCGGAGGAUGCAAGGGAAUGAGUUAUGACCUGUUUGGAUGGUGUUUAAUCAACCCUAAAGAGUGGAAACCAGGGUGUUCUCCCUUGUUCGGUCUGUACCAUGCUGGGUCCGAGGACAGCCUUAGCUGGUGCGUUGGUUCGAUUUUAGCCAAUUUCAAAUCACUGCUUUCAGAGACAACUAAAUCAACAACUCACAAAGCCUAAAAACGGAGUAGCUACAAAACGGAAUGUGUCGAAGGGCCAAAAGGACACUGCUGAGGUAAAGAGGCAUUGCAAUAUGGUUGGCGCAUAUGAAAUCCUGCCAACACAUCAGCUCUUUGAUCGCACUUGCUACACAAACUCCUAACAAGGACGGUGAACACAAGGGAGGGGUGAGUUUCGUUAGUCUAUGCACAAUUGUUAUGUUCAUGUGAAGUACAGAUCAAAUAUGUCAUCCUUCUGAGGUUCCUCCUGAACUUUGGGCCCUUCCACUUACCUUCUUGCAAGAAUUCGGCAAAAUUCACUUCAUGUUACUAGCUAAUCAGCUCUGGCGUUAGGACAAACCAGGCCAAGGAAAUGCUUCUACAACAACUUUCUGGUAAAAGCAAUUUAUGCCCCUCCAAGAGACAUGUUAAACAAUAGCCAUAUGUGUUUUAUUUUGUGUAGGAUAAUGCAUACCCCUCCUGUGCUGGGAUUCCAGGCCAUCAUGAGCAACGUCACUGUCCUCGAUAACGUUGAACCCCUUGACGUCGACAUGGACUUGGACGCUCCUUAUCCUGUCAGUUUCCAGGUGUCUUUAACAGGGUUCCUCAUGCUGGAGAUUGUGCUGGGUCUCAGCAGCAACCUGACUGUGCUGGCUCUCUAUUGCAUGAAGUCCAACCUGGUGAGCUCUGUCAGCAACAUUGUAACCAUGAACCUGCACGUGUUGGAUGUGCUGGUGUGCGUGGGAUGCAUCCCACUGACGAUUGUAGUGGUGCUGUUGCCAUUGGAAGGCAACAGUGAACUAAUUUGCUGCUUCCACGAGGCUUGUGUAUCCUUUGCAAGUGUGGCUACUGCUGCCAAUGUCCUGGCCAUCACUCUAGACCGCUACGACAUCUCAGUACGGCCAGCAAAUCGAGUUCUAACAAUGGGACGGGCAGUGGCCCUAUUGGGAUCCAUUUGGGCACUAUCAUUCUUUAGCUUUCUGGUUCCCUUUAUAGAAGAAGGUUUCUUUAGCCAGGCGGGUAAUGAAAGGAAUCAAACAGAAGAUGAAGAACCUCCAAACCAAUACUUUACAGAACCGGGCCUGUACUAUCACUUGCUGGCACAGAUCCCAAUCUUCUUCUUUACAGCCGUGGUCAUGUUGGUUACCUAUUACAAGAUUCUCCAGGCGCUCAACAUCCGAAUUGGUACUCGUUUCCAUGCGGCGCCCAAGAAGAAGCCAAAGAAGAAAAAGGCCAUCUCUAUGACUUUGACUCAGCCAGAGUCCACCGACGCCUCGCAGAGCAGUGCCGGCCGCAAUCCGCCGUUGGCCAUGCGUACCUCGGUCUCCGUGAUCAUCGCCCUUCGCAGGGCAGUCAAACGGCACAGGGAACGCCGCGAGCGACAAAAGAGGGUUUUCCGCAUGUCCCUUCUAAUCAUCUCCACAUUUCUGCUUUGCUGGACACCAAUCACCGUGCUCAACACGGUCAUAUUGAGUGCUGGGCCGAGCAACUUCACAACGCGCCUAAGACUGGGCUUUCUGGUCAUGGCUUACGGAACGACCAUUUUUCACCCGCUGCUCUACGCCUUCACCCGGCAGAAAUUUCAGAAGGUUCUCAAGAGCAAAAUGAAGAAACGUGUCGUUUCAGUUGUUGAGGCUGACCCUAUGCCUAAUAACGUGGUCAUCCACAAUUCAUGGAUUGACCCAAAAAGGAACAAAAAGGUGACUUUUGAGGAGACCGAGGUCAGGCAAAAAUGUCUCUCGUCGGAGGAUGUGGAAUGAGCUACUAAGACACUGUAAAGCAAAUAUCCUUAUGGGGGUACAAAAGCGUUAAAAAGGGAAACCACUAAUCCAAAGCAGUAAUGAAUUUAAGUGUCUUAACUGUACAAUACCGCAAGAGGAAUAAUUUAUUACUAUUUAUUGUGAUGGUGACUAGGUGUCAUAGACGAUGAAGUGUAAAUCCUGCAUGUGCUUAGUUGAAGUAGUCCUGGACAGUAUAAACCACAAAUGUACAGACAUAGAUAUUGAUGCUCCUGGUUUUGCUCAUUUGUAUUAAAUACCCCAAAACAUCUGAAGGGCUCUUUUGUUAUCAGGAUGAACCCUACCUAAAUGCUUAGCAAUGCUAACACAUUUCAGAAGUAAAGACUGCUUUUUUCACUCUGUGAUGAGGGGUUAUACGUCUUUGUUUUCCUUUGGGAGUUUUGAUAUAAGAUCACUGCUGUUCAGAAUUCAAACUAUGGGUCUGAUUAAGUGGACAUCCACUUUUGUGCCCCUCUGUUCAAUGGCACCUUUUGCCCUCGAACAGAGAACAGGACAUCUAUGCUACAACUGGGUCAACAUAGGUGGACUUUCAAAGCCAAAACUCGGUCUGCUUCCUUUCAAAAUCACCCUCCAAACCAAAC